AUGAGAUCAAUUUUAUUAUUAAAAAACUUGUUUGAAAGUUGUAUCCUUUUUUCAACUUUACAUUAUUGGGUACUUGCCGAUCAACCAUUUGAAUCAAAAGCCAUCAGAGCUUUUUAUCAAAAGAAACAUCCGUGGACAUAUACAAACGAUGACGACAUAAAUGAUGAUUACGACGAUUAUAGCUACUAUGACGACGAUAAUGAUGAUGAUUAUCAUGGUAGUCAACGAUGGACUCAGAUAUUACCAUCCAAAACAUCCACUGCUUAUACAACCCUUACCGGUAGCUGCAUAGCUGUUGAUGAUGGUUCAGCUUAUUAUGACCAAUAUCAAGAUUUGCAGAGAUAUUUUAGGAUGGGAGUUUUUGGUUCAGCAAAUUCUCCCAAUUUAUUACCUCAAUGUGAAGAUUCAGAUCAAUGGGGUCAAACGCGUGGACAUUGGAAUGGUAUCUUUUUUGGUGACUAUGAAGUAGGUAGUGAUCAACAAACAUUGGGUCCACUUGCAAUUCAAGGCAAUUUCAUUGGACGGAAUUUUGUCAUUGACAGCCAUCAUGCAUACCAGUGUGACGAUGACAAGCCAGUUGAUCUGGAUACGGCAGCCUUGGUGGUGGGAGGUGCAGUCACAGGUGGGAUGGUGAUUGCACGCGGUGAUAGUUAUAUUGGAGAUCUGUCCAACAGUGAUUCUGUGCGGACAGUGAAUGAAUGUGCCACGCAUGAAGGUGUUCCUCUUGAUUUUGAAGAUCAUCGUCGUUACUGGACCUCUCUUUCAAAAACUCUGGCGAAAAAAAUGCCAACACAUUUGAUUGAUUAUGAUGAUCAUCUAAAACCAGUCACCGGUCAACCGGAUCACUGGUUAAAUGUAUUUACAUUUAAUACUUGCAAUGGGUUUCAAUGUCCUUUAUGGCCUGGGUUUUUAUCAUGUCCUGACAAGAUUUUCUCAGGUUAUGAUACUUGGGAAGGACCCAAAGAAGAUUAUCCUUCUGAAGGGACCAUUGUCUUUAAUAUUCCAGUAGAUGAUGGUACCACUUUUGCUUUUGAUUCGAUCAAACCAAGUGCUGAUCUAGAUUAUUGUCGUACUAUUUAUAAUGUCUACCCUAGUGAUGCUGAAGGUAAUUAUUUACCCAAUGGACAUAUCACUAUUCGACGAAAUACACUUGAUAUGAUCAAAGGAUUAUUCUUGGCUCCUCAAGCUGAUAUACAGGAUGGUGAUACUGGAAGGUUUGCAGGUAUGAUAAUUGGUGAUAAUUAUUCAUGGCAAAACUCAGCACAUGGACCAGAACUAGCGGAUUGGGCAGCAGGAGCAGAUGGACAAUGCUCUUGUUCUUAUUUUACAGGUUGUCUUCCUACAUGUGAAGAAGAGGAAGAGGAAGAAGAAAAUUUUAGUAUGGUGGUUGCGACACGUCGAAGGAUAUAUAGUCCAGUAUGCCCCAUCCACACAUGUUCAUCCACUCCAGCCAUCACUAAUUGUAAAACCACGCUAUCAAAAUGUACGGCAACUAAAUGUAUGGCCACGACAACAGCAUCUCCAGUUACCGUCACUUCAAGUGUCACAGUUAGUACAACUGUUACAGACACUGUGACAUCCACCACCACAUCCAGAGUAACCAAUUGUCCUUUACCUGCAUUGAUUAGAAGCCUUCCUCCUAUCCAGGUACCAUUAAAUUUCCCCAUCUCCCUGAAUUUCCCUCGCGGCAACCGACCUGCGGAUAGUAUGCCCACUGGUAAUCUCCCUGAAGAUAGUAUGCCUACUGGUAACUUACCUACUGGGAAUAUGCCUAUCGACAAUAUGCCUCUUGAUACAGUACCUGGUGAUACAAUGCCUGUUGAUUCAGUACCAGAAGAUACGAUGCCUCUUGACACGGUACCAGAAGAUACGAUGCCUCUUGACACAGUACCUGGUGAUACUAUGCCUCUUGAUACUAUGCCUCUUGAUACGAUGCCUCUUGAUACGAUGCCUCUUGAUACGAUGCCUCUUGAUACGAUGCCUACUGAUAGUAUGCCUACUGAUUCUAUGCCUGAAGGUAUGCCAGAGGAAGAAGAAGAAGAAGAAGAAGAAAUGCCUCACAAAAUGGAAGGUCAAAUUUGUGGAAGUCCACUUGGUUGGACAGAAGAAGUGGAAUGGCACGCAUGGCAUAAAAAUAGUGAAAAGUCACAUAAACAUAAACAUCAUCAUGGUGAAGAAGAGAAUGAAGAAAAGAAGAAACACUGGAAAAAAGGAAAAUGGAAACAUCAUAAAGAAGAAGAAGAAGAAGAUGACGAUGAUGAUGACGAAGAUAAUGAAGAAAAAGAAAAAAAGCAUAAGUAUUAUUAUUAUAAGAAACAUAAAAAUGAUUGGCAUCAUAGAGAUAAUGAUAUUGAUGAUGAUGAUAAUGCAGAAGAAGAUAGUAAAUAUAUAUGGAAACCAAAAAAGGAACUUCAUCGAACUUUUUAUUAUACAAAAGAUCAACAUCAUCAUUGGCUAGUAACAAAAGAUCCAAUGCGAAAAUACAGAUAA